UAUUACUAUGGCUACAGUGGAACAUGGGUGGACGUUAAUUGCAACGACCUGUUCUACUCUGUGUGCUACAACGGUUCAGUAAAUGGAACAUCAUCCUUUGUAAAAGUCGACACACCUUUUAAUUGGACUGAAGCUCAGAGAUACUGCAGGGAGAAUUAUGUCGAUCUAGCCAGUAUACGAAAUCAGGCAGAAAAUGACAUCAUCACAAAGCUGACAGCUGGUGACGAUGUGUGGAUCGGUCUGCACCGGGAACGACUGUGGUCUGAUGGGAGCCCCUCUAUGUUUCAACACUGGGCCGUUGGGCAACCAGACAGGCCAGAGCAGUGUGCCACCACAAUGUUCAGUUACUCAGGACUGUGGUCAGAUGAUAGGUGCUCCCUCACUUUACCGUUCAUCUGUUAUUCAACAACUCCUCCAAACGCAGAAGACUUCAGACCAAUAAGACAAGAUGAGACCAGUAUCACUCUGCAGUGGAAUAAAGUGAACAACAGCAUCAGCUUCAUUCUCCAGUCUAAUGGUGCAGAGAUCAGCAUCCCUGCACCAAAUAAUUAUUAUGGACCAGUAACUCACAGAGUCCCAUUUCUCACUGCUGCAACUGAAUACACAUUCACUCUCUUCUCUGUGUUUGAGAACGUCAGAAGCAGUGGAGUAAACAUUACUGCAGUUACCGCUCCUCCAAACGCAAAAAAAUUCAGACCAAUAGGACAAAAUGAGACCAGUAUCACUCUGCAGUGGAAUAAAGUGAACAACAGCGUCAGCUUUAUUCUCCAGUUUAAUGAUGCAGAGAUCUACAUCGCUGCACCAGAUGGAGAUGGACCAGUAACUUACACAGUCUCAUCUCUCACUGCUAGAACUAGAUACACAUUCACUCUCUACUCUGUGUUUGAGAACAUCUUAAGCAGUGGAGUGAGCGUUACUGCAGCCACUGGGCCUAAUUAUAUUCUUGCCACGAACGUGGAAUUGGAGUCAUUGACUUAUCUGUCAGACUCGGAGUUGCAGAGUCUGUUGCAGGAUGAGUCUCCACUAACUGCUCUCUUCAAACAAUAUGGACUGUCACCACAGUUGUCCUUCAAAGUGUUGAGACGUGAGCUCAGAAAAGACAAGAUGAACUGAAGAAGAAUGGAUCUGCAAUGCAACAUUUUGGAACUUUUUUCACACUAAUUUGACUUUUCACAAUUUCAAUUGCUUUCCUUGAAGCGAAUGAAAAUGAAAAACAGAUGAUGGGAAAGUCUUGUCAUCAGAUUCCAGUGAAAUGUAGUUUGACCUCAUUAUUCUGCUUUGUAUUUACUUAUACUAGUACUACUUAAUACUUCUACUGCUAUGAGGAUAUGUUUGUUGUGUGUAUUGCUACUAUUGCUUCUUUUGCUUAAAGAAAUGUUUUAAGACAUAUAAAAACAUUCUUCCAACUUG